AUGUCGUCCCCAGCGAUGCUGCGCACCAGCAGCGUGCUGCUGGACAAGUCGAUGUUCGCUGCGAAGCGCCGUGUCAUUGUGCCGAUCCAGCCCACACCCGGCUACCCGGCGCACUUUAUCAAGGCGUCCUUCACGACAGACCCGCUCAAGGAGAAGCAGAAGGCCCGCUUCUCCUCCGGCGGUGACGCGAUGCGCGAGGUACAGGACAUCCCCAAGCGGCUGGAGGGCCAGCGGUCGCGUGCCGAGCUCACGUCGCGCGGUGACGAGGACUUUGCGGCACUCAUCGAGUUCAUCCAGGGCGCCUCGUACGACCAGCUCAUCUCCGGCCGGCGCUUCAGAAAGAUAUAUGAGAAGCUGUCCGAGAACGACGACAUGUUCGUCUGGCUGUGCCACACUGCCAUGGCGGUACUGAACCCCGGCGACAUGCGCUCGCGGCUCAUGCACAACCACCUCAAGGCGCUCGCGGAGGCCGUGGCGAGUGGCGAGAUGACCCAGCGAACGGCGUUUCGCUUCUUCGAGUCCGCCGUGCGCAGCCCGGCCUACCGCGAGAUCGCAGCUCGCCAGCUGGAAACUGGCGCGGCUACUCGCCUGGCUGGCUUGGCAGCGGCGGCGGACGUGAUGCGCGAGAUGGGGCUGACACGGCGUCCCAUGUCGUCCUACUUUGAGCUGUAUCAGCGCAUCGUGGAGCGCAGCGAGGCCAUGACGCCGUGGGGCUUCCCGCCCCUCUUCCAGUUCGAAGAGCGGCUGGCGCUGGAGCCGCGACUGAAGUUCUUCUCGCGUGCGGGGCAGCAGCAGCUGGAGCGACGCCGCCGCGGCUCUAUCUUUUCCCCGCACACGAUUCUGCAGGGGCGGCGCAUCUUCUGGAUUCCGCCGACGUGGAACCGUGCUGGUCGCUUCAUUGGGCCGCAUAUAAACCUCUAUCCCGGCCUCACGCCUGACUAA